UAUUAUAUACAUCAUAAAUAUUUUGCUAAGAUUAGACAUCAGUCCAUCACACGGCUAUUAGUAGUCUGUACUAAAUUAGUACAGCAUUAAUAUUUUUUAUUUUAUUUUAUAUAGGUAUUUUGUAAAAAUGUCUGAUUUUUAUUGUAGUGUUCGGGUACCUCAUGUAAAAUCAAAAAAUACAUUUGGUAUACCAAAAAAUGAAAAAGAAAAAAGUAUGUGGGAAAUAGCUCUUGGAAUGACUUUGAAAAAAAGUCAUCGAAUUUGUUUAAAUCAUUUCCAAGAAAGUGAUGUUAUUAGUACAUGGAGUUCUGGUGAAGGAUGUAGUAAAUACACGAUAUGCCUAAAGAGGUAUCGCUUGAAAGAAGGAGCUAUACCAAUAAAAAAUUGCAGCAUUACCACAGCUAUUUCCACCAGUGAUGAGAUUCUACAAUUAAAUGAUAUGUCAUCAGAUUCAUUAGUAACUAAACCAGUAACAUGUGAAGUAACUUCAGAUUUGAACCAAUCUGCUCCCAUUAUGCAAAAUAAUUGUGAUCUCAUUUCACCAGAGUGUUCAGAACCAAAAAAGAGAAAAUUAAAUUCAGUUACACAAUUGGAAUCUGAUUUAGAUGAUACAUUGUACACUAAUAUUUUUAAAAAUAUCUAUUCUAUAAGUAUACCUAAUAAAUGGCAAGCUAGUAUAGAAUGUGUGCAAAGUACUGGAAAUCUUGCUAUUGUAUUUCAUAAAUUAAGCUCUUUUGAAAAAAAUUUUUUAAGAUACAUUGAAAAACAACUUAUUAUUACCAAAGAUUCUAAAAUAUUAAUACAUUUGAAUGGAAAAGAAGUACUAAUAUCAGAUUUAAAAAUAGACAUAGAUCAGCUUAAAAGUGUUCAAGAUGUACAACAACUAUUAUUGUUACUUGAUAAAAUUAGAUGUUGUAGAGGAGCUACUUCAUCCACAGAAUAUUUAGAUAUUAAAUCCAUAUUUGGUUCCCAGUGUAUUGAAAGUAAUGGCCAAUGGAAACAUAUAAAGUGUUCAAUAUUCUUAAAAUAUGAUGAUAGUUCCAAAAAUGCAUGUGUAUGGUGUCGAAGAUUGACAUAUUCAAUUGCCAAAAAACGUUUAAGAUUGCUUCGCCAAAAAAAUGUAAGAACAUAUUUUUCACCUACAAAAAAACAAUCACUCCAAAGAGUUAAAAAAUGUAUCAAUAUUUUAAAAAUAAAAAAUGCUCGUGCUCGUUUAUCCAUUGCUAAAUUCCAAUACAAGUUAAAUCAAAUCAAGUUACAAAUGAGUAAUAUGAAUGAUAAAAAUCUAAAUGAAAUAUUGGAUCAAUUUAAUAUACCACAAGGCCAAUGUGAGCUUAUUAAAGAAAUAUUUUCUGCUGCAAAAGUUAAAAAUUCUAAAAAUAGGAAGUAUAGUGAAAAUUGGAUGAUGUUAUGCUUACUAUUUCAAAUAAGAUCUCCUAGUGGUUAUAAGUAUCUUAGGAAUCAGAAUAUUUUGCCAUUGCCUUGUGUUAAUACAAUACGUAAACACCUACUAGCCUUAGAAAUAGGGUGUGGAUUUGAUGGACAAUUUUUUGAAUUACUUAAAAAAAAAUUUGAAACAAAGACAGAUCAUCAAAAAAAAGGUAUUCUCGUUUUUGAUGAGAUAUUUCUAAGGCAGAGUUUAAGUGUCAAUACACGGUCAUUGACAUAUCUUGGACUUCAGGACUAUGGUGAUGGGUUAGAUAUAAAAAUUCAAGGUUCUGAAAAAGCUGAUCAUGCAUUAGUCUUAAUGCUUCAAACGUUAGCAGAUAGUAUACACCAACCAAUUGCUGUAUUUACUUCUAAAGGAUCUGUCAAAGGAAUUGACCUUGCAAAAAUUGUUGUAAAAGCAAUAUUACUUUUAGAAAAUAUUGGGAUUCAAAUAUUAGGAAUAACUAGUGAUGGCGCUUCUACGAAUCGUACAAUGUGGAAUAUAUUGGGCAUAGUGACAAAAGCUAAUGAAUUAAAUAAUUCAUUUGAAAAUCCAUUUGACAAUAAAAGAAAAGUUUUUGUUUUCUCAGAUGCGCCGCAUUUGUUAAAAACUGUACGCAAUAGAUUGUAUAAUAACAAAAACUUAAGGAUUGACUCAACUAAAGCACCUAUAAAAUGGUCAUUUUAUGAGAAAGUCUUUUACAAUGAUUCAAAAACACUACUAAAAGUUUGUCCAAAAGUGACAAAAAAUCAUAUUGAGCUUAAUAAUUUAACAAAAAUGAAGGUGAAAUAUGCAUCACAAGUUUUUAGUAGAUCUAUGGCAAAAGCAAUUCAAUUUUAUAAAAAUAAAAAUUAUGAUGGAUUUACUGGAUGUGAAGAAACUAUUAUCUUUACAGAAAAGAUGAAUGAUAUUUUUGAUGCACUCAAUCGUAAAUUUCCUGCAGAAGGCAUAAAAAAAGAUAGCCAUGAUUUAGAGGUUUUUCUGUGUGUUAAGUGUUGCACGUGUAAACUUUAUUGCUUUUGUGAAAUUAAAAGGGAAGUAGUUAUUUCAAAACACAAAUAAUAAUA